GCAGUGCAGGCGUGGAAUAAACACCAGUCGACAGCUUGGCCAGGUUUGCACAACUCGCAUGUGUUGCGUUUCAAGUCGUAUUAAUUCCCAUUCGACGCACGCACAGGGAAAUGCAAAAAAGAAAAAUACCAAAAAGAAAAACACAAAAAAGAAAAAUAACAAAACGGAAAACACAAAUCAUUGAGAGCUUCCCUGUCCACCCCCAAAUGAACGACUUCGUGCACGAAGACAUCGAACUGAAACGGCGGGCGUGGGCCCUGCACUUCUCCGAAAGGCGAACCAACAGCAAAUUUAAGUUCGCCAAAAGGGGGCGUAAAAAAUACGUGACCACGUGGGUCAAGCAAAAAGACCAAACGGAUUUAUUCGAAAGAUGGGUGAAGAAGACGCAGCUGAACGAGAAGUACAAACCAGAGGAUGACCAGCUCGAAGGGCACAGCGAUAAGGCAAAACUGGAGAGAGAGGACCCAAACAUCACCCCCCAGAGGAACUGGACGAGGAGGAGCACCAGGAUAAAUUUGCAAAGCAUUCUUGAUAAGGAGACCUACAGAAGAUGCUAUGUUGAUCCCCCCAGCGAUUUCUCUGUGGAGGACGACGAGGAAGAGCAAGAGGAGGAGAAGGAAGGGAAGAAAGCGGAAGAGAAGGAGACGGAACAGAAGAAAGCGAACGAAAAGGAGGUGGAAGAGAAGAAAGCGAACGAAAAGGAGAUGGAACAGAAGAAAGCGAGCGAAAAGGAGAUGGAAGAGAAGAAAGCGAACGAAAAGGAGAUGGAAGAGAAGAAAGCGGACGAAAAGGAGAUGGAAGAGAAGAAGCACCCAAGCGAACACGAAACAGAGCACCCAAGCGAGCGCGAAACGGAGCACCCACGCGAACCAAACCCUACGUGA